CACGUACACACCUCUCCCCCCCCUUUCCCUUAUCUGAAUAACCACAACCCAAUCCAUCCCCGAGGUCAGCCAUGGCCGACUCAAAAACCAAUGGCGCCUCCACCGAGGAGUCCAUCUCGCCCUACGGCCCCGCGCGGUCGACGGUCAAGGGCGAGCCCCUCUCCCAGUCGGACCUCGCAGCCUACAACGACUGGUUCAAGGCCAGCCUGUACCUGUCGCUCGGCAUGAUCUACCUGCGCGAGAACCCGCUGCUCAAGGAGCCGCUGACCAAGGACCACCUGAAGCUGCGGCUGCUGGGCCACUUUGGCUCGGCGCCGGGCCAGAUCUUCACGUGGAUGCACUUCAACCGGCUCAUCAACAAGCACGACCUCGACGCCGUCUUCAUCUCGGGCCCCGGCCACGGCGCGCCGGCCGUGCUGUCGCAGUCGUACCUCGAGGGCGUCUACUCGGAGGUGUACCACGACUGCUCCGAGGACGCCGAGGGCCUGCAGCGCUUCUUCAAGCAGUUCUCGUUCCCCGGCGGCAUCGGCUCGCACGCGACGCCCGAGACGCCCGGGUCGCUGCACGAGGGCGGCGAGCUCGGCUACGCCAUCAGCCACGCCUUCGGCGCCGUCUUUGACCACCCGGACCUCAUCGCGCUGACCAUGGUCGGCGACGGCGAGGCCGAGACGGGCCCCAUGGCCACGUCGUGGCACAGCACCAAGUUCCUCAACCCCAAGGUCGACGGCGCCGUGCUGCCCGUGCUGCACCUCAACGGCUACAAGAUCAACAACCCGACGCUGCUGGCGCGCAUCACGCACAAGGAGCUCGAGAACCUGUUCCUCGGCUACGGCUGGCAGCCGUACUUUGUCGAGGGCGACGACGUCGACACGAUGCACCAGGCCAUGGCCGCGACGCUCGAGCACUGCGUCGACGAGAUCCGCCGCUUCCAGAAGCAGGCCCGCGACUCGGGCAAGGCCUUCCGCCCGCGCUGGCCCAUGAUCAUCCUGCGCAGCCCCAAGGGCUGGACCGGCCCGCGCAAGAUUGGCGACAACUUCCUCGAGGGCUACUGGCGCGCCCACCAGGUGCCCAUCACCGACGUCGCCACCAACCCGGACCACCUGCAGAUCCUCGAGAAGUGGAUGAAGAGCUACGAGCCCGACCGCCUCUUCAAGGACGGCCGCAUCCUGCCCGAGCUCAAGGCGGCGCUGGCGCCCAAGGGCAACCGCCGCAUGAGCGCCAACCCCGUCGCCAACGGCGGCCUGCUGCGCAAGCCGCUGCGGCUGCCCGACUUUAAAAAGUACGCCCUCGCCGUCGACAAGUCGGCGGCGACGACGGCCGCGAGCAUGAGCAACAUGGCGGGCUACCUGCGCGACGUCGUCGCCAUGAACCCGCACUCGUUCCGCCUCUUCGGCCCCGACGAGACCGAGUCGAACAAGCUCGGCAAGGUGUACGAGGCGGCGCCCAAGGUCUGGCUCGGCGAGUACUUUGACGAGGACGCCAACGGCGGCAACCUCGCCAUGGAGGGCCGCGUCAUGGAGAUGCUGUCGGAGCACACGUGCGAGGGCUGGCUCGAGGGCUACAUCCUCACGGGCCGCCACGGCAUGCUCAACUCGUACGAGCCCUUCAUCCCCAUUGUCAGCUCCAUGGUCAACCAGCACUGCAAGUGGCUCGAAAAGUGCCUCGAGGUCGAGUGGCGCCACAAGGUCGCCUCGCUCAACAUUCUCCUGACGGCCGUCGUCUGGCGCCAGGACCACAACGGCUUCACCCACCAGGACCCGGGCUUCCUCGACACGGUCGUCAACAAGUCGCCCGACGUGUCCGCUGCGUCAAACGUCGUCGACCUCUUCAAGCUCAUCCACCACACCGACCACUCCCACGGCCUCACCGACGCCGAGUGGACCGCCCUCUUCACCGACAACGUCCCCGUCAUAUUCAACUUCCACUCCUACCCCUGGCUCGUACACCGCCUGACCUACAAGCGGCCUGGCGCCGCCAACCUCCACGUCCGCGGCUACAAGGAAAAGGGCAACAUUGACACGCCCCUCGAGCUGGCCAUCCGCAACCAGACGGACCGCUUCAGCCUCGCCAUCGACGCCAUCGACCGCAUCCCGAGUCUGCACAACCGCGGUGCCGCCGCGAGGGAGACCCUGCGCAACGAGCAGAUUCGCGCCAAGAACGUCGCCUUCGAGACGGGGCUGGACCCCCCCUUCCUCAAGGACUGGCAGUGGAGGCGUCGCGGCCUGUGGCAGCAUUAGGAGGCGCGCGCGCUGUCAAGGGGUGAGAUGCGACAAUGACGUUGGUGGUAAUGGUAUCAAUAGCUCUUUAAUGAAUGUGUAUUUCCUUGG